UGCGUAUCCAUGUGACCUACAUAUAAACCUUGUUUUAUGUGGUGGCUGUAACUGAACAGUAACGCGCACGUACGCAUGUACAGAAAUUAAUAAAUUUUUCUGUUUUCGAAUAAUAUAGUUGUUCGCCAGUUAGUACCUUUUUGUCAACUGUAUUUCAUCAAUGCAGUUUUCGGUUUACAUUGUUGCCUCGGGUGUAUAUGCCCUUUCGAUUUUGCUGAGCGGUUUAGCCGCGGAUGUGGAGAAUCUGGAUCCUAUUACAUAUACGGAAUCCUUUCGCACAUUCGAAUAUGCUUUCGAGUGCACGUUGCAUCCCUGGAAGGAGGAUGCGGAUGAUUUAUACCAGGCCAUUAGUCAUCAGCCGGGAAGUUCCUGUCAAUUGCAUAACCUCACACAGUUGGGUGGUCCGCCAAAGGGAGACGACGCGGUCAAAUACGAAAUUCGCUACGGUUGUCGGCGACCCAAUAAACCGGACAACUGCACCAGCGCGAACGAUACAUCCCAGUGCACCGUAGAAAAAGCUUGUCAUUGCUGUACCGAUAUUCUCGUUGAGGAAUUGUGUCUGUACGCACGGUUCUCCUUGGACCUAAUUUCCAGCCAAUGUAAACCCAUCCCGCUUGACCAGGCCGUGGCGACGGCUGUUGAGAGCGCAAUGAAGUCGGAUAACGGCACUAUUUAUGUUGAAUAUUCGCCACCAGCCACACUGCCAUUCAGACAAAAUACACCGUACUGCACGAGCCGCUUAGAUUUGCCGGCACGCUGUUUACAAAAGAUGUUGGUCCUUGUGGACACCGGGAAAUGUUUGCUUAAAAUAAUCUUGGAUGAGUAUGGCGCGGUACCCCCUGAUACUAUCUGGAAUACCAUGAAACCCAUCACCAACGAGCAGUAUACACAGUUUCUGGGCCUGAGUGACCAUGGCAUUAAUUGCUAUCGUCACAACAACAACAACUGUGAUGCUUGCCUGAGCCUACCCCUGGUGCAGGAUAUCAAGGAGAACGCAUACCAGAUAGAAUCAGCGCCGGAAUAAAGCGGUUUGCCGGUGUAGCUGUUUUAAAUAUUUAGAAUAUAAAACCAUUCCUGCUGUUAAUUGUACUAAAUAGUAAAUAAUACUGUCAGCUAUUCUGU